UGGCGAUAAGGACGGUGUGUAAGUCUAUUUAUCGUUAAGCGAAAAUGGACGUGAAAACAGCUUUAAUGAAGUGCAAAACCUCUCUAGGAAGAUUUGUAAAUGUAUUGGCUCGAAUACCGUUCUUUUAUUUCCUCGAAAUUGUUUACAACUUCACAUCAAAAUCGGAUAACUCCACAUUUCUAGGAGCUGUUGGAUAUGCAGUUGGUCUUAUUGGUUUAUUUACAGAGCUUGAUCUUCUUUUGUCRUUUUAUGGAUGGCUUAUUCAAGUAGUCAUAGCUUUUAUUAUGUAUACUCUCGUUCAUGAAGUCAAAGGAACUUCACAACUUGCUAACGACCAAGCUGAACCUUCACCUGGWUAUUUUCAGUUGUUUGUGAGUGACAACCAUUUUUAUGGGCAAGUAAUUGCAGCUACAGGACUUACAGUUGCAGCUCAGGAGCAAUGGACAGAACUCAAUCCUGUCUGGAUUAUAACAUUAAUGCUUACGAUUCCUUUUGGUGUUGCCUUGRCGUUUAAAUCAAUACACAUUACAUCACUUUUAGCGCCUUAUAUUUGUUAUAUAUUUCUGUUCAUUUAUGCAUCAUACUUGUCGUACAAAGGUCUGAAACUUGCUGCUAAGUUUCUUAAAAGUACCAAAGAAGCAAGUGACAAUUUUUGGAGAAUGGUCGAUGGUUAUGGUUGGAUUCCUGUCUUUCAGUUCCACUGGAGAAGACUUGAAUUGUCAMGAGUAAUCAUGUUUUUAUGGUGGAUUAAGUUUGGAUUGAGAGUUUCACAACAAAAAGAACUCAACUGGUUCUUGACAUUUGCAAGUUUUGGCGAUACAUGUGCAGUAUUACCAAACCUGUUUGCAGCAAGCAUGGUUAUUUCUGAAAUAUCAUUUAGUAUUUUAUUAUUCAUUCAAAACAGUUUGCAAGGUAAUCAUGUUGACUUCAGUGAACCGUACCUUUUCCCUGGAUUUAAUGAAGGACUGGCUUUCUUCCUCUUAAACAUUCAAAUUGGAAUCAAUAAUGGAGGAACCGAGCACCGUUCGCUUGUAGUUAGYUUAGUUCUUUUUGUAACUUUAUCAUUGCUAGUGCAAGAUGUUCUGGAAAUUACUGAACCRGUAUUAGCUGUACUUGGUGCUACAUACACUGGUAAAAUGAACUCAAAACAUGUUAAAGUAUUUAUAGUAGUAGUGAGUUUAUUUAUAGUACCAGGCAGUCUAAUAUAUGUACUUUGUUCAACGUUCUCACCUGGAACAUGGCUGUUUAUCAUUCUAUCAAAUAGCGUUGUCACUAUGGUACAACUGGCUGGAUCACUUAGCAUCUUUUUGAUAUUUAUUGCUAAUGUACACUUUAGUUUUGGGUGGAGAGACUUAGAUGACUGUGUAUACUAUGUCAAUGCUAUAUCUAAAGUCUUYGAGUUCCUGGUUGCAGUUGUGGUGGUAUUCUACAGUGUGGUGUCUGCAUUAGCUGGAAAUUGGAGUGUUAUAGGUACUGCCAUUAUAUUUGUACAUGCUUACUUCAAUGUAUAUACUCGUGCYAUGGACGGCUGGAAUAACUUUUURCAAAGRCGAAGUUCCAUAAAGAGAAUCAAGUCUAUGCAAUCAGCCACAGAGGAACAACUUCAAGAACUCAAUGAUGUCUGCUCGAUAUGUUUUGACACUAUGAGGUCAGCMAAGAUCACCAAGUGCUAUCACUUCUUUCACAGCUACUGUCUGCGCAAGUGGUUGUAUGUUCAGCAGAAGUGUCCUCUUUGYCACAGAGAUAUUUUAACCGAGGAUUGACUAUUACCCAUAUUGCAGCAAAUAGCUGCAGUAGGAUAGCUAUAUCAAAAGGAGCUUCAAUUACUCUAAUGUAAACAGCACAGUAACAUUCAAAUGUUUAUUAAACAUAUAUGCAGAUCAAAGAAGAAAAAUCAUUCCUAGAAAUUAUUGUYGGAGUUGAUUGUAGUAUAAUAUAAUAUUGAAAUAAAAUGA